AUGCGCUGUCGAGAGGACUUCCCUGCUUGGGUUCUGCGGCCUCACCGUGUCCGGGAGCGUCUCUGUUAUCUGCAGAACGCAGUUGUGCUGGCAGGUUUACUGGAACAAACUCGAAUAAAAAACUACUCUAACUGGCCUACCAUCCCACAAGUAUACCUCAAUGGUGAAUUCGUUGGUGGCUGUGAUAUCCUCCUCCAGAUGCAUCAGAAUGGAGAUCUUGUGGAAGAGCUGAAGAAGUUAGGAAUCCGUUCAGCACUUCUGGAUGCAGAAAAAGACCAAGAUAAAAAGUAA